AUGGGGGACGCCGGUGGUGGGUCUACAGGCAGUCCUAGGGUCUACAUCCUGCACCUCUUCGGUGCUUUGGCUGCCUCGGAUUCGGGAUUUGGGACCUCAACAAGGUCGACCUCAACGUCGAGAUCAGGGUAUUCGGUUGUGACCCGCGCUAGGCCCAACGUCCCAAACUCCUCCUCCGCCCAAUCUUCUCUUCCAACUACACCCAUUGAUACCCGCGAACCUCUUACCACUUCGCUCGGUCUCCCCAUCCUCUACCUAGUCUACGCCUUGCACUGGUGGGGGCAACCGACGGUUUCUUUCUUUCCAACGGCGGGAAGUACCAAGAAGGUUCUUCUCCUUGCCACCGUUUCGCCAACGUUGUCCUUAUGCCGGACAAGAGCAAGAACGAGCCCUUUCGAGCAUAAGAAUAAAAACCAGCGCUGUCAUAACGUCACGCUCUUUGGCAAUGCAGGGUUCGCCAAGUACCCCGAAUCGAUUCAGGCCAAGAUUGGAGCCAAGGCAAGUAUCAGGAGGGAUGUCUUAGUGCGGUUGAAGGGAUGGCCCGGAAGCCGGACAAGGGGCGCCAGAAGGCCCAGGACGCGUUGGACGUGGCGAAGGGAGGGCGAUGAAAGCGCACAAUCAGGACGUUUCGACUCCGAGCUGGGCGUGUAA